AUAAACUAAAUCCAAUCCAAUUCAGCAUUGUUUUACACCUCAAAAUUACCAAAAAAAAAAUAAUAAUAAAAAAUAAAAUUUGUUUUACCUCCUCAAAGCUUCCAAAGCAGUAUGGUAUUCACAAAGCGACAGCACCAACACAACUACCGUUCAUGGCUCUCUCUCUCCUCUCGCCACUCCUCUUCUCUCUCUUCCUCCUCCAACCUUUCUCUGCCACUGCAAACAUCCACAAAACAAACCUCUUCAGAUCAGAGCUCGUAUCUGAGCCCACAGCCUCAAAAGAUGUCCCAUUGACCACAUUCUUUGAGGUCACCAAACCCAUCAAACUUCCCAGAACCAAACCCUGCUCGUACCACAUCCUCGAACAUGAUUUUGCCUACACAUAUGGGAAACCGCCUGUUCUUGCCAAUUACACACCCCCUUCGAAUUGCCCAUCUCAAAAUUUUGCCAAAAUUGUUCUUGAAUGGAAGGCAAUUUGCAAAGGUAGGCAAUUUGAUCGCAUUUUCGGCGUUUGGCUCGGCGGCGUUGAGCUUCUCCGGAGCUGCACGGCGGAGCCACGAGCCACCGGGAUUGUUUGGACUGUCAAGAAGGACAUUACGAGGUAUUAUUCACUGCUCAUGACCCAUCAAACACUUGCUGUGUAUCUUGGUAACCUUGUUGAUAGUACUUACACUGGUGUGUACCAUGUGAACAUAACAAUACACUUUUAUCCUCCUGACAUGCAUUACAAUUCUUAUAAACCAAAUUCGGAUGAUUUGGUAAAUGGGUAUGGUUCUGGGGCUGAUUUGAUCUUACCUUUUUCGAGAAAUUUACCAUUGAAUGAUGGGUUGUGGUUUGAAAUUGAGAAUUCCACUGAUGUUAAGUCCAAGGAGUUUAAAAUUCCCCAAAAUGCAUAUAGGGCUGUGUUGGAGGUUUAUGUUUCAUUUCAUGAGAAUGAUGAAUUUUGGUAUGGAAAUCUUCCGAAUGAGUACAUUGCCGCCAAUAAUCUUACUGGUGUGGCCGGCAAUGGACCUUUUAGGGAGGUUGUGGUCAGUCUGGAUGAUGUGGUUGUUGGUGCAGUUUGGCCUUUUACAGUAAUAUAUACUGGAGGAGUCAAUCCCCUCCUGUGGAGACCAAUUACUGGAAUUGGGUCAUUUGAUCUUCCUACUUAUGAUAUUGAAAUCACUCCAUUUUUAGGGAAGAUAUUAGAUGGAAAGACUCAUGACCUCGCAUUUAGUGUCACAAAUGCCUUGAAUGUGUGGUACAUAGAUGCAAAUUUGCAUAUUUGGUUGGACAAGAAGAGUGAAAAAACUGAAGGAAAGCUUUUGAGCUACAACACCCCGCCUAGUCUUGUUUCUUUGGUAUCAAAUUUUACAGGUCUGAAUGGAACAUUUUUGACGAGUGUUAGGAGAUCCAUCUCAUCGAGUGGAUGGGUGAAGUCCUCUUAUGGGACGAUCAAAGCCAAUUCGAGUCAAAAAUUCAAUUACAGUAACUUUAUGGUAAUGGGAAAUGACGGAAAUUUGCAGAUCUUGAAUCAGACAAUUGAUUUCAAUGAUAGUGUUUCUGCUGAAAUGCCGGAUUCUUCUAUUCACUCGAUGAAAUCAUUUAAAAGGUUCCCUUUUUACCUGUACUCUGACUAUGUGGAACAAGAAGAUGGAACUUAUGCUUCAAUUUCAAAUAUAACAAUGAGUUACAAUGAGGAGAGGGUCAAAGCUGGUGGUUUGGUAUUCUCGUCCAGUUCUCUUAAAAAUUUGCAGAAUGGACAGGGCAAGAUGAUUGUGAAAAACAACUUGGUAGUAAGUGGACUGGGGAGCACCCAACAAGCAUACCAAUAUGGUGACAGUAAAUUCUGCUAUUUUAGGAAUGUGAGCAGCUCGAACUACACUAUUCUUUAUGAUAAAGAGGGCAACACUUGCAGCAAAAGAGAACAGCCUCAUUUUAAAUUUGGGCUUGCCAAAUUCUGGCCUUUUUCUGCUCGGAGAGCAUUUCUAGCACAUAAUUAUCGUAACAAUAAGUAAUGGUAUUAAACCAUUCAGUUCAGCUGAUUCUUCACUUGCUUCAUAAAAAGCAGCUCUCCCAUCGGAUGUGUGUAGAAUUUCUGCAUUUUGAAACGCCUAAUAAAGUUUCAGGAAUUUGUUUCGUGAUGUUAUUGAAUUUUUCUAUUAAUUUGUGUUUCAGUCAAGCUUGGGUUUUGUGUUUCAAUUGGAGAUGGUCAACAAUAUUAUCAUCUCAGUAUAUUGAAGUUUUAAUAUAAAUAUUUUGGCUUAAACAA